GCUGAUCGCUGAUCAGCUUCAGGUUUUUCUAACUGUUGCUUUGCGAUUGAAUGAGGUUGUGUUAGCUGAUCCUGGAUGAUAAUAUUGUGGGAACGUAUACGUCCACGAAUUGCAUGAGACACCAUUUUCUCUCUUGACUUUUGCUUCGCCUUUAACAUGAAUGUGUCACCAUGGCCCACUGGGAAGAAACUUGUUCACCUAGAUUUAAAGGGAGCUCCUCCCAGAAUGAGCUACAUGGAAAAGCUCAUCCCUCUGAUUGCUCGUUUGGGUGCUGAUGGUUUACUCCUGGAGUAUGAAGACACGUUUCCUUACGAGGGCGAUCUGAAGGUUCUACAAGCUACUGAUCAUCCCCUAUACAGCCGUGAGGAGAUCAAAUCGAUCCAGGAUCUGGCAAAGUCCAAUGGCUUAGAAGUAAUUCCACUGGUGCAGACUUUUGGACAUCUGGAGUUUGUUCUAAAGCACAGAGAAUUCUGGGAGCUGCGUGAGGCAGUAUACAGUCUGGGAACUCUGAAUCCCCACAGGGAACACAGUGUAAACCUGGUGCUGCAGAUGGUGCGUCAGGUGCUGGAGCUACACCCUGACAUCAGGUGUCUGCACAUUGGGGCUGAUGAGGUGUAUGUCUUGGGCCAAGGGGAGGAGUCAAGGAAUUGGCUUUGUAUCCCUGGCCAUGAUAUUCACCAGCUGUUUCUUGGCCAUGUGACGAAAGUGGCGAAGCUCAUACGAGCAACCUGGCCUCACCUCAGUCUCAUCAUGUGGGAUGACAUGUUGAGGAGCAUAUCCCAUAGCACUCUCAAAGACAGCGGUCUUGUAGAACUGGUCCAGCCAAUGUUGUGGGACUACAGCCCUUCUCUGGAUGUGGCAGGCACAGUCAAUCUGCUGGAGACCUACAAGAGUGCAGGACUAUCCAAAGUGUGGGCAGCCAGCUCUUUUAAAGGGUCCACAGACGUGAGUACCUGCGUGACCUCCACUCAGAGGCAUGUGGACAACCAUCUUCAGUGGCUCCAGGUGGCAGCUGCAUUGCCCAGUGGGAUAGAAAUGCAGGGCAUUGCCAUCACUGGCUGGCAAAGGUAUGAUCACCUGUCUGUCCUCUGUGAACUGCUACCUGUAGGCCUACCUUCCUUGGCCUCCUGCCUGGAAACCCUGUGCCAAGGCAGCUUCAGUAAGGAGUCUCAGACAAAGGUAACCGAGACUCUUGGAAUCUCCACUGUGGAGGUGAAAGAUAUAGUGAGCUCACCCUGUGCAGCCAGCUGUUCCCCCUACCCUGGGCAGAGGCUGGCUAAACUGGUCGUGGAGCUGAGUGAACUGCUGCAGUCUGAGGAGCUUCGCUUCCAGGACACCAACAUGUUUGUGAAGGGGUGGUUUACCCCAUACCACAGGCGGAGGAAGAUCAUCAACCCCCUUAUGGGACAGCAAAUCCAGCAGCAUGCAGCAGCCUUGCUGACAGCGGUAGAGCUGAAGGUGGAGGCUGUGAGACAGGAGAUGGUUACGUAUUUUCCUGAGUCCACCGCUCUGGAGUGGAUUGAGCAGCACGUCAGCGUGGUGCUGGACCCCAUCCGCCGCUUGCUGGAAGAUAUACAAGUCACCAUCCAGAAGGUGCUGCCAUCCAGCUUUCACCUCCUCUCUCCGGGGCAACACGGUUGACGG